AUGAGAGUCAUAAAGCUAUCAGCUAGUUGUAACAAAGUUGUUGCCCCUGGGGCGAGAAAGAAAAUUUUGGCUGAAAAACACUUCUGCUUUAAUUGUGCUAGCGGAAGACAUUGUGCUGCAGAGUGCAAAAGCAAGAAUAGAUGUCAGAUAUGUGAAGAUAAACAUCAUACAUCGAUCUGCGAUAAGAGUCCUCCACCGCGAGAACCUGGUAUGACUGCUAAUUUCAUUGGUGCUUCCACUGUUGUACAUCCUGUUGUAGUUGUUCGGAUAAAUGGCUACAAAUUCCGAGCAUUGUUGGACAGUGGCGCUAGUCAUUCAUACGCGUCUUCAACUGCUAUUCAGCUAAUUGGUGCAAGCAAUUAA